CUUGGGGAAUAUUAAACUUUUUAAAAGGAAAAUGUGUGCUCUGUUGUGUGUUUUAUUUAGCACUGCUAAUGACGUAGGGUUUACAUCAUCCUGGAUGACCUCACCCAGGCAUUGGUACCGCCCCAGCUAUUUUGUCAACUCCAAAGCACCUGUCACUCUGGACUCAGUGCUACACUCAUAGGCUAUCUGGGAGAAAAGACCUAACCCUUUUUUUUCUACAGCCAAUUGGCAGGCGAAUGUUUUGUACUCUGUCAUCCUCAUUUGUUUAGGGGGACAUCAGUCAAAGUCUCUGUGGAUGACCAUUGGUGCUUAUUAAGGUCAAUAAAAUAGAAUCUUCUCUCUGGUUGGCUGCUUCUUUGUGGGGGGCGGGAUUAAAGCUUCGGUUGACGUUGUUGUUGUAAGUGGUGGAGAAAUUACUUUGUCGGUGGUGGUCCGGUUUGGGAUUUUACAUUUAGUUCCACCUACGGAGAUGCUGAAAAGUUAGGAAUUGCAGGUCUGGGAAACGUAUAUGCUGUUCUCAAGUUCAUACUUGUCGGGAAACUAAAUGGGACGAUGAAAACAACAUCUGCUAGGCCGUUCAAGGUGUGGCUGGUAGAGUAGUGCGAGGUAGAGGACUGUUACCCCUUGCCCCUUCCCUCGCUGUCCAUCUGGGGAGAGCAGAGUCCUUGUUUUUCUUUUUCUCUGCCCGGACGCAACCCGACAACUUGUGAAUUCAUGAUCACAUGACUGUGGAUAUGGACGCAGUCCUGUCCGACUUUGUCCGUUCCACUGGAGCUGAACCAGGAUUGGCCAGAGAUCUGCUAGAGGGCAAGAACUGGGACUUCACUGCUGCCCUCAGUGACUUUGAGCAGCUACGACAGGUGCAUGCUGGGAACCUGACAUAUUCGUUCACAGAGGAGAGGACAUAUCUGCCUCCCGAAAAGGAGAUGGCCAGAGUAGGACGGCCUAUACUCCACCGCCAAGAUGAGGUGGUGCAAGCUACAGAAAAGCGUCUGUCAAGGGGCAUUUCCCACGCCAGUUCAACCAUCGUCUCCCUGGCCCGCUCUCACGUCUCAAGCACUGGAGGUAGCAGUAGCGAGCCACUUCUGGACACACCCCUCUGCACUUUCCAACUACCAGACCUCACCAUGUACCGAGAUGACUUCCGCGGGUUCAUUGAGAGGGACCUCAUCGAGCAGUCGAUGAUGGUGGCCUUGGAGCAUGCAGGGCGACUGAACUGGUGGACAAAAGUAGUUCCAAACUGUCAGAGUCUGCUGCCUCUGGCAACAAGCGGAGACGGAAAUUGCCUGUUACACGCAGCCUCGCUCGGUAUGUGGGGUUUUCAUGACCGGGACCUGAUGCUGCGGAAAUCCUUGUAUGCGCUAAUGGAUCACGGGUUAGAGAGAGAGGCACUGAAGCGCAGGUGGAGGUGGCAGCAGACCCAGCAGAACAAAGAGUCUGGUCUGGUGUACACGGAGGAGGAGUGGCAAAAAGAGUGGAAUGAACUGUUGAAGCUUGCCUCCAGUGAGCCGAGAAUACACUACAGCACCAACGGCACCAACGGGGGAGAGUCCUCUGAUGAACCAGUUUAUGAGAGUUUAGAGGAGUUUCACGUCUUCGUCCUGGCUCACGUCCUCAGGAGGCCCAUAGUGGUGGUGGCCGACACCAUGCUGAGGGACUCUGGAGGAGAGGCUUUUGCUCCCAUCCCAUUCGGAGGCAUCUACCUACCACUGGAAGUGCCAGCUGCCAAGUGCCAUCGCUCGCCCCUGGUCCUGGCAUAUGACCAGGCACACUUUUCUGCACUGGUCUCCAUGGAACAGAAGGACAGCUCCAAAGAGCAAGCAGUUGUGAUUCCUCUCACUGACUCGGAGCACAAAAUGCUGCCUCUGCACUUUGCUGUGGACCCUGGGAAAGAUUGGGAAUGGGGCAAGGAUGACACGGACAACGUGAUGCUGGCAAGUGUCGCACUUUCUUUGGAGGCCAAGCUCCAGAUGCUACACAGCUACAUGACGGUCAGCUGGCUGCCCCUGCCCUGUGAGCAAGCCCCUUUGGCCCAGCCCGAGUCACCUACUGCGUCGGCAGGAGAGGAUGCCCGCACCCCUCCUGACUCAGGAGAGUCAGAUAAAGAGUCAGUCAGCAGCAGCUCAAAUGGCAACGGAGACACCACCACAGGAUCAACGGUCAACGGAGGAGGUUCCUUGGCCAAGAACAGCUCCUCUUCAUCAUCGAGUUCCUCCAGCAGUGGAUCAGCAGGGGCGGGUACAGGAACAGCAGGAAAAGACAAAACCAAGAAGGAGAAGGAGAAGGAUAAAGACAAGAAGAGGGCAGACUCCGUGGCCAAUAAGCUCGGCAGUUUUGGCAAGAGCCUCGGCAGCAAGCUGAAGAAAAAUGUGGGCGGACUGAUGACAGGAAAGAACGCCGGAGCUGGAGGUGCCAAGCAGGAGGGUGGGGAGAAGAAGAAGGGCUCAUUUAGGGGGAGGAAGGGCAGCAAGGAUAGCUCACCUUCAGCCCAUGCCUCAGAGGAUUCUGGGAAAGGCUCCCCCUCCUCAGGUAGUGAGCGUCUCAAUGGAACAGGGAGCAGUAUGAGCAGCAGUGGUGGAAGCAGUAUUGAGAGUGAUACCUACAAAUACAGCGCUGAUGUCAAGGUCAGCCUGGGCAUCAUGCGAGCCGCCAUGCAAGGUGAGAGGAAAUUCAUCUUUGCCAGCCUUCUCACUACCAGCAACCGGCAGCCCUUCCAGGAGGAGAUGAUCCAGCGCUACCUUGCCGAUGCAGAGGAGCGCUUCCGGGCUGAGCAAGACCAACAGCGUCGUGAAGCAGAGAGGAAGGGUAUCACCAAUGGCAUCCAGCCACCCAAGAAGGAGACGGUUGGUGGUACAGAGCUGACCUACCGGCCUUACGAGGCCAAAGAGGAGCUCUCAGAGAAUCUGUCACCUUCAUUUAACCAACUUAAGUCCUCUCCUUUAAGCCCCUCUAUGUACUCUGGUGUUGUGCCCAUCCCCCGGCCCUCCUUUAUAGACCAGCCUCCUGCUACAGCACCCCUCACCCAGCACCUUCAUAUGCACGGCUACAUGGAUACUCGGCGCCAGCUCGCUGGUGGCUCUCCAGCGACGUCAUACCCUGGCCUCCCCUCGUACGCUACCCUUCCCCGGCACUGCCCCACGACGCAGGGUCCCUCCCAUCCUCAAUACAAUAACUCACAAGGCCCCGCCUCCCUGAGUCCCUCUCGCCUCACACCCUCUUAUCCCCCUGAGUUCGACCCACCAGACUACCCCGUGUCUGAACCCAGUGGUGGGAGCUACACUAAUGGCUUCCGGGACAUGCGCUCCAACCUAGACUCUCGGAGUGGACUACCCCCAGUCAGACACUACUCACUGGGCAGUGCCGGCGGUUUGGCCAGCCUUCAGUCUAGCCGCUGUCGGACACCCAGCUGCACCUACUACGGACACCCCGAGACGGGCCACUACUGCUCCUACUGCUACCGGGAAGAGCUGAAGAAGAGGGAGACAGAACCAGCCAUCCACAAGUUCUGAAUGGACCUUGCCAUGGUUUAAAUUUGAUGAGUGGCCUUUUUCAGCUAAAAAAAAAACAAUAACGGUUGGGGUGAAUCAGCCUCGGAACGGACAAGAGAAAGGCACAAGCAGCUCUCUCCCUUUUUAAGCUGUGUCACUUCCUGUUGGAAUAAACAACCUCAGAAAGUGGCGCAGAGUCAACACGACACCAGAAUAAACAGGGUGGUUUCUGACUGCUGGGGUCACGUUUGACCAUAGAAUUAACUAACUGCACUUCUGUUACAUUUUGCUGUGGCUCUUAUGCAGGCGUUGUAUAUGAGUGUAUGUGUGUGUGUGCGUGCGUGCGUGCGUGUGCGUGUGUGUGUGAGCUGCAGGCUCUCCCCCCCUUAUCAGAGUUUAACGCCUAGCUACUGUCUCCUCCUAGUGGAGAGAAUGUAUAUGGCAGGCGCCUUUCAUAACACUCAUUCACACACAUACAGUACAUAUACAUUUAUACACUAAGUCAGACUCACACUACUACAUACACAGUGAUGCAAGCACAAACAAAAAAAAAGGCACGAGUGUCUCCACUCCUUUUGUGGUAUGUGAUAAUGUUUGGAUUGGUUAAUUAAGGGAUGUUUGAGCAUUUUGAAAUCACACCCGGCUAGGGUGAUUUCAGUGUUAUACAGAUUUUACACUACUGUUACUAAAUGCUUGCGUCAUAUGUACCUCGGGAAACAGCAGAAUUAAUCCUUGUCAAACUGCUUUUUUUUUCGUCAGCCACCAUUUGCAUAUUGCAAAAUGAAACUACCAUGCAAUGCUAAUGAUUAAGCGUUCUGUGGGCUGCCGUGGUGCUAACGUUCAGAAUGCAAACACAUAAAAAGUCCAUGCAUUUAAGACAACUGCUCUGCACUGUUAGUAGUAUCUCUCUGGCAAAACAAAUAGCACCUAAAAAUUCUACAUUUUUAUCCAAUUCAUUUAAUGUAUAAAUUGGAUUAUGAAGAUGUCAUCCUUUUUUGAAGAUAAAAGCGCAAUCGGUCACAUUAUCGACCAGGCAUUGUUGAACAAAGACGACACUACGAUACAAUCACACUAUGGUAUGAUAAUAUUCCCAGAGCCUGAUCCAGAGUUUUUCCAUAUGUUUGUUGGAAUGUUUCUGAUUCUUAGUUGGGUCUUCCUCUUUCUGUAACAAUGGUUGGUGCUGCAGCAUUUGAUUACUGGCCAAACCAAGCAUGCAAUACUAUACACUACAAACUCAAAAUGACUCAUCCAGCACAACUGAUUUUUUGGAGACAGCUGUCAUUUGUGUGUCAUGUUGUUAAGUUAAAUUAUUGAAAUGUUACUAAACACAUUUUUUGAUAUCAGACAGGUAAAGAGUUAGUCAGUAAGAGCAAAUUAACAGAUGUGUUAUUAAACGAGUGACAUAAAGUUGUUCUGAAGCAGCGACAAUGUCUCCGGUCGUGACAUUUGUCUCUUAAUUUCUGUUUGCAUGAUGCAAUACGACACAUGCACUUCUGUUGCAUGUUGAUACUCAAAAAUAACAUUUUGUUGACAAAAUCUGGUUUAAGGUAUGAUUCUUAUACUCACUGUUUUGAAAUGACAAACCCUCUGCGCUCUGAUGGUUGAGAAAUGUGAAACAUAUUUCAUACAAUCUCAUGAUCACAAAAAAAGGUUAACUUCAAAGUCAUACGUUCAUUGAGUCAGAACAGAUAGGAUACUUUAAUGCGUACUGGUUUGGUUGCCCAUUACAAAUUCUGAAGUUUGAAGUUCUACUGAAGGCAGUUUUAUUUGUUUCUGGCAUUCGAAACCACCAAAACCAGUUGCUUAAACUCUUUUUUGCACAAAUUCAAGCACUUUCCUGAUGUCCGUAGAUACAUAAUGUUUUACUGUUUUUUGAAGUGGCCUGACUGUUGUCCUUUGUUCAUCUCUGCAGACACUGCCACCUCUGUUCAUGGGAAAUCAGAGGCACAGGCCAGAAGGGUUUCUCUAAAGGAUUCAGUUACUGUAGAGCUACAUUUUGGUGCCAGUGUCACCAUCUAACUCAGUUUCCUAGUUGCCUUUUUUUAGUAUUUGUCCUCAUGGCAUCAUAAUCCUGUCUGUGUGUUGUGCAAGACGUACAUCAAGUACCCACUGCUUGCCUCGUUGCCUGCAGUUUCUACUAUUACUACUGCCCCCCAAGAUUUAACAAAUUAUUGUUCUUAAAAUUUGUGUUAAAGCUAUUUAGAUUUCUUUUUUUUAGUAAGGCAUAUCAACUAGUUGAUACUGGCUAAUAUUCAGUUUGAGUCUUACUUAUUAUGAUCUCAUUUCAUGUCAAAAAUGACUACUUAAACACUUAAAUUUGUUAUUGAGUCCCUUAAAAUGAGCAGUGGUGAGAAUUUCUUGUUUUGAUUCCUUCUUUUAAUUUGUGGUAGCGUGACAUCCGUCGCCCUACUUGUUGAUUUGAAUCUGUUCUUUGGCCUAAGUCUAUCAGAGAAGCACAAUUUUAGUAUGCAAUUCACUGCCUUGCCCAGUUGAGGGCACUCUUGUUUUGUUUUUCUUUUUACUCAGUGUUACAGUAGGAAUUUGCCCUUGUGCCCUACAUCCUAAACUACAAACAAAAAGUAACCAAAAUGUUGGGGAAUCAUUUUCAGUAGUGCUAGUUUAACACUAUAUCGCAAUAUUAUCCACAUCACAAAAGCCGAUCAAGGAAGGAAGGAGUCUUCUUGAUGUGCAUUUAAAGUGACACUAGAGUUUUAAUGACAAUAAAACACUUAAAUAACGCUAUUUCCCAAAAAAAACAAAAACAUUAGCAUUUGCUGUGUUUAUGUGUGUUGACAGUGUUCAUGCACUAGCAUUGUAAUUCAGAUGAGACCUAUGAAGUGUUCCCUUACUGUGGGAAGGUGAUGCCUGUUUUUAAUAAUGUGUGUGUGUGUGUGCAUACUCUCUUUCCCUCCCUCCAAAGUACGUAAUAAUUAGCUUACAAUUAGCUUACAGGGAUGCCUCAGAAACAUGUAAAACAUCAGACUUAGGCUACAAACACUUUUUUGUAUUUAAGAAAAAAAAACAAUGAGAGGUUGUAUAAAUAUGUUCCAAGUUAUUUUUGUAAGCCCAAAGUUUUACAGUGUUUUUAAAAGGGUAAGAAUAUAUAUUGUUGGAUCUAAAACAGGUGUGGAUGAUAAGCUUGUAAGAGACUGGAUUUGGGGUAGAAUCGGUGUUUACCAGAAAGUGACAUUUUGGCUGUCGAAAGCGACUCCCAGACGAGCCUCUCGAUACUCGAGGCUGUCUCACUGCAAACUAAUUUCCUUAAUGCUGACCUAACAAGAUACCAUUUGAGAAUAUAUAUUUAUAGUGAGAUUUUUUUAAUAGGUUUCCUUGUGGAAUGUUUAGUUGAGACGAUUUUAGGAUGUUCUUUCUGACAUGGCUAGUUGUCCAGCAGUCUGGCUUUUAGUUGUUUGUUGCUUUUUUUUUUUUUGAUUUGUAAAUUUCGUUUACUUUUUUUCUACAGCCACCAAUCCGUGCUAUGCUAAAACAUGACAGUAAUGUUCUUGUUGACCCAGCUCGUUUCCUCCAGACCAGAAGAGAAAUGGCUCAGAAUUUGUUUUGCAACACAACUGACCCGAUAUAUAUUUUUAUAUCUUGUACAAUACUGUCAUUUCUGUGGGAACAGAAUAUUCAUCAUCAGUGACAUUAACAUGGAAUACUUCGAGUUGCAUGGGACUGGAACUGUUGCAUGUAAAUGGCAAUCCAUUUUACCAAAUUUGUGCAUUAUUUUAACUUGAUUUCAGUUGUCCUGGUAUUUUGAUCUGUUUUUAUUUUUUAUUGUUUUAAUGUUUUGAUUUUUUUUUUUUUUUUUUUUUUUUUGAGAGGAGAGCCCUAAGGCUGUGUGACAGUGCAAUCUGGAUAGAAAGAACAUCAGAUUUUAUGUUAGGUUAUUAUUAUUAUAAUUAUUAAUUUUUUUUGCACCGUUUGAAUAAAUUCUCAUUGUAUUUCAAGAACGCUAUGCUUCCUCUGUUCUCUAUUUCCUAUGAAAACACCUCUUGUUAUCCACAGAGUCCUGGAUCAUUAAAGCAAUAACCACAUUAUCACAGAACUGGG